CCCAAAACACACUCCUCUUCUGCUUCGUCUGUUGUUACCCGACACCACCAUCUUCUCCGGCCAAAAAGUGCGACGCUCCUAAUCAGAGCUGGAGCGUUCGUGUGGCAGGCUUCCUCUUCCAUUCUCCCCGGCUCUCUCAAAGGAUUUUCAAAACCUUCCCUCCUUCCUCCUCUCUCUCUCUCUCUCUCUCUGAAAACGGAUGGCGAGUAUAAUCUGCCCCUUGGACAAGGAGUACUCAGAUAUAAUUGCAGCCCUGCUCGCAACUCCCUCUCCUCAAUCUUCUCAGGACUACUAUGACCAGCUUAUUACAGAAAGGCGAUGUCAUGGUCUCGAAAUUAAGCAGAGUGAAGAACAUGGAAAGGCUGUCUAUGCAAGCUUGGAAUUCAAAGAGGGGGAGUUGGUUUUUAGGGACCAAAUGCUUGUUGGUGCUCAACACAGUUCGAAUAAGGUUGACUGCCUUGUAUGUAGCUACUUUUUUUGUUAUAUUGGUUCAAUAGAAUUUCAGAUUGGUAGGAAACUCUAUUUGCAAUCUCUGGGAUUACCAGCAAAUACAGAACAUGAUCAUGAGACAUCUUCACAUUCUUUAGAAGAGGCUUGUUUAGUUGAAUUAUCAGAUGAAGAAGAUAAUACUCCCACAGUGAACCAUGACAGUCUUCAGUCAUGUUCUUCAAGUAAUAUGAAGAACAACAAUCUUGUACCAAAAGAGGUCUUGGAGGCGCUAGUAAAUGGUAGCUUGGCUUUGCCUCACUCUAAGCAGUUUACAUUGCCUUCGGUCAUUCCAUGUCCUCAAGGGUGUGAAGAAGAACAUUACUGCAGCAAAUUAUGUGCGGAGGCUGAUUGGGAAUUGUUUCAUUCCUUACUAUGUACUGGAGAGAGCUCAAGAUCCUCACGUCAGGAAGCACUUGUUAAAUUUAUAGAACAUGCUAACAGAACGAAUGAUAUUUUCCUCCUUGCUGCCAAGGUUAUCUCAUUCAUGAUUUUGAGGUACAAGAAGUUGAAAUCACAUCAUCAAGACCAAAAACAGCCUACUACGGUAAAUGGAGUGGAUGAUUCCAGAUUUCGUCUGCUUUUGGAGGCUUGGAAACCAAUCUCAAUGGGAUUCAAGAGAAGUCGCUGCAGCUUCUCAAGGAAGCCAUCUUUGACAAGGAGUAUGCGCCAUGUAUCCUUUUAUGUUUACAAGUUAGCGGCUCUCUGUUUAUUGUGUGCAAAAGUGAAUAUCUUAUUCAUCAGGUGGGUUUCAUCUAUCAGACUCCUUGACUCUGCUAAAGUAUUUUCACUUGAAAUCUAUGGGCAUAUUAUUGGCAUGUUUGAGCUAAACAAUCUUGAUUUGGUUGUAGCAUCACCUGUGGAGGAUUAUUUUAUAUACAUUGAUGAUCUCCCAUAUCCUGAUAAGGAAGAAGCUGAAAAAGUUACACAGCCCUUUCUAGAUGCUCUUGGCGAUGAUUAUUCAGUUUGUUGUCAAGGCACCGCAUUCUUUCCUAUACAAAGUUGUAUGAAUCAUUCUUGCUAUCCAAAUGCCAAAGCAUUCAAAAGGGAUGAGGAUAGAGAUGGCGAAGCAACAAUAAUAGCUCUGCGGCCCAUCUUGAAAGGAGAAGAGAUUACCAUUUCGUACAUUGAUGAGGACCUUCCGUACAAAGAGAGACAAGCUUUACUUGCGGAUUAUGGUUUCAGAUGUAGGUGCCCUAAGUGCCUUGAAGAAGCCUAGAUCUUCUGCCUCCCAUCAAGAGAUUUUGGAGUCUUAGGACAGCACAUUUUGGGUCUUGGUACAUGUGGGCUCGUGUUUUCUCAAUCAAAAUGAUGUAAUUGAUAGGUUCCACCAUAGAUGGUGGAUGCCCUAUUUGCAAUUUCCAUCUUAUAAGGUGACUGCCGCUUGUCAUUUGGACUUUAUUGGGCGCCAUUGCUGCGACGGCAU